ACAAGUAGCAAAGCUGUUUGUGCACAAGCGCAUUUGUAACCAGAACCGUUCAGACGUGUAUAAUAGCUAACUACUGUAUCCUCUCACACAUCCACAUUCGAUCAAGGAGUAGGAACCAAUAUUUCUUAUGUUGCAAGCCGGUUGCAUUUAGCAGGUACACAUGAUCAGGCAAGUACGUUAGCAACGCUAGUGUCAGUGGCCCAAUGCGAAACUGUAUCAAUAUAAAUAAUCCGUGGGAAGACGUGUGCUUUGUUGACAUUAAAUUUGAUUUUACAAGACAUCGUUCUGUCGUGCUAUGCUUUGAUGCAAAUGCACAUUGUUUGUUAUAUAUCUGGUCCUAACGUUUGCUAACGUUAGCUUAUGUUCGACGUCAACAAAAGUAUAAAUCUGGUCCAGCAUCACGUGCCGCUUUUCGUUGAUGCUGCACCUAGCAUAAAUGUGCAUAUCGAAACUCCCCAUCUGAAGAAACAAAAUUAGAAACAGCAUCACGGUCAUCGUCAUUCUUUGAAUGAUUCCUGGCCCUCGUGAUGGCUGCCGCCGGACCGAGUGAAUCCAAAACGGCGACCGCAGACUUGUACUGUGACCUGAAUCCAAAGGACGAGGAUUUGGACAGAAUCGAUGAGGCAAAUGACCUCUUCGAUGAUGCUGUACUUUCUGGCUCAGUUGAUCAAGAUAAGAAAAACACUUUGAAUUCAGAUGCUGGCGGGACAACGCCAACGAAAGUGGAAGAUAAUGUGGCCACGGUGAAAGCAGAUGAAAAAGAAACAAACCAGCCACGAAGAUUCUCAUUGUAUAUUGGGAAUUUCUCCUGGUGGAUAUCUGACAAAGACCUCCUACACUUGGCCCAGAAAUUGGGGGUAAGGGAUAUUGAUGAAAUCAAAUUUGCAGAGAAUAAAGCAAAUGGCCAAUCAAGAGGCUAUGCAAAGGUGGUGGUGACUUCUGAAAAUUCAUUAAAAACAUUGUUGGAGAAAAUUCCCCAAUGUACUCUGGAUGGGGAAAACAUAGAUUGCCGUUUUGCCACUUAUCAGAACUUCAGUGUGUUUGAGAAUGUCGCUAAUAAACGAUUUCCAAUGCGCAGUCAUUCCAAAGACACCGAUUCGCAGAUCACCUCGGCAUUUUCUUGGGAUACCAAUCCUCCCAGUACACCCGCUCAAUUUCCAUCACAUCCAGUCGGAAAUGUCUUUCCCCCACAUUCCAGCCCUUUCCCCAGCCAGCCACCCCCUCCCUUCCCACCUCUGCCACUCAACAUCCCUCCACCACAUCUUUUUCCCCCUCCACCUUUCAAUGCGCCGACCCAGCCCCCUCCAAGUCUGCAUAUCAAUCCAGCUUACUUCACCCCAGCACAAGACAGACACAGAAGUCAUGCUUAUGGUCACCAAAAGGGGGAGAGAGAUUAUGAAGACCUGUUUAACAGAAAUAGAGCUGUAGCUAGCAGCGCCAUUACCAAGGCUGUGACAGGUGCAACUGCUGGAGACCAGAGAGUGGCUAUGGAAACGCUGCUCACGGCCAUUGCCAUCAUCAAGCAAUCCAGUGUGUACAGGGAUGAGCGCUGCCAAGCCCUCGUCACCUCCCUCAAAGACUGCCUGGUGUCCAUCCAGGGAAACUGUGGCUACAGGAGUGGCAGUCAUUCUGGAGACCGGGACAGAGAUCGAGAGCGGGAAAGGGAAAGGGAGCGCCAUAGAGAGAGUUCGCCACCUCGCUGGGAAGGUGCUGGAACAUCUCGGAGGCACAGAGAACGUUCUUGGAGUCGAGAGAGGGACAGGGAGCGUUCACGGGACAGGCACAGAGAUUACAGAGAACGCUAUCGCUGACUUGGUAAGAUUGUACCCAGCAAAUUCUCGUGAGCCACUGUCACACUUGGACCGCCAUCAAAACCAACAAUGACCAACUGCUACGCCCCGUCUGUACAGUGACUGUGUGGUUUAUUGAUGAUUCUGCCACCAGAACAAUUGCGUUUAAUUUUAUGUCAUGAUGUCACUUGAAAUUGCAACUUGCAACAUGUAAUGAAAUGCCACCAAGGAUUAGCGUUGUACAGUUGCUUUCAGAAAGUAUUUAGACCCCUUCAAUUGUUACGUUUUGUUUUUUAUGCUUAAUUGGUUUAAUUUUCUUACCAAAAUAAUUUCAACACUGUGUUCAGUUUGAAAAAGCAGAAGCCGAGUGUGAAAAUGUUUGCUUUUUUCAUGAAACUUGAAUUGUCAAUGAAUUGCGAUAAUUUGCUUUGUCUUGAAAUUUAACUCUGGUCCAUCUUCUUGGUCAACUUUGAAAUAUUUGUAAGCCUUAACGAGAGUCCACCUUUUAAAAAAAACAAAAACAAAUAAUUAACCAAAUGUGAUUUGCCUGUCUACGUAAGGGUGUCGCAGCUGAACAAGUAUAUCUGAACAAUUUGAAGAGGUUUUGUCUCAAAGUUCCUUCUUACCCCAUUGUUUGGGUUUGUUUCUGAAAUGCUUAUUCAAGUCAAAAGCUUGAUAUUGUGCCUUUGAGACUCAAAUGUAUCAAGAUAUGGAAGAACCUGGAUUAAGUUUUAUUCAUUUGAAAAACGGGGAGUGUUGAAUUUUGAGGAAAACAAUGUUAUGCAUAAUGCUGAAACAAUUUUGAAGGGGGCGGAAUACUCUACCCUUAUUUUAUUUUGUGUGUAUUUUUUUGUUUGUUUUUUACAAAAGUAUGCUGAUUUCCUUUUACACUCCCGUUGACAUGCACGAAGGAUAAAGCCUUUUGCUCCGACACAACCUUGUAAAAAGACUGAAGAUGUACGUAUCUCCAGAAGUCUGUAUUGUUUCAUUCUGCUCUUAACGGGCCUUUGAAUUGUUCAAAGGAAAUACUGUGUGGAUAGUCAUUCAGAUUGGAAUCCUUGCAUGUGCAAGACACCUCUAAAUGUAUUUAACACAGUGUCGUCGUUGUCUUUUGUAAUAUAAAACAAUCCCACAAACAUCUGAA